AUGUUUAAAUACAUAACAAAUUGUGUUUCCGUUAGUAGAAUCCUACAGAUCUCUCAGCCUAAAUUGUUUAAUUUAGGCAUAAUUGCGACAACGUGUUUGGAGUACCCAAAGUUUAAUAAAUUAAGACACUAUUCUAAAAAAACGGAACCAGAUGAUAAAGAAGAUGAAACAAUACAUAUAUCACACGGACCUAAGGAUACUUUGCUUAUUUUAGGGUAUAAUGUAAAGCAAGAGGAUUUAAAUUCGCACAUAAAGGCUCUGGAGGAGACACUUAAGCUGAAGUUGAUGACGCUCGACUUUUAUUCACCAGACAUAGCUCAAUCAUUUAGCGAUAUCGCAAUGGCACAGCAUCAAUCACUGGAAUUUAUAAAUAAGGCAAAGGAAAAUUAUAUGAAAGCGUAUGAAAUAUGGAAGAGGCUCAAGGGAGAAGAGUCGAGGGAAGUGGCAAACAUACUUUGCCUGCUAGGAGUGGUGUACCGUGAUCUGGGAGACAUAGAGUCAGCAAAGAAGUCACUUCUGUAUUCGCUGGCAAUAGAUCGCAAAUUGGAUAGCCUGACGAGCAAGCUAUGCUCAGUCUAUUCACUGAAUAAUCUGGCAAGCAUCGCACAUCUGGAGGAGAAGUACGCAGAAGCCUGCGAAUACUACGAAGAGGCCCUGAGAAUACUGCUAACAGCAACCACGGGAGAUGAGAACCACCGACUAAUAUCAGUGUUGUACUAUAACCUAGGUAAAGUUAAAAGGAAAACACAACGCCAUAGCUUGCUCGUAUUAUCAAAUACCGGACUACUAUAA